ACAGUAUCAGCGAUGAAGAUCGAGAAGAGCUUGAUACAAGUACAGACAGCAAGGGGGUUGAAACAAAGGAGCAAGAAGUAGGUGCCAUGACAGAUGAAGAAGAUAACCCGUCACCAAAUAACAAAAAAGGGCAAGGAGGACAGAAUGGCUUUAAAGAUUUUACAAGACAAGUGGGGACUACUGAUGAUAAGUGUGAACUGCUCACUGCAGAAGAAGAGGCAGCUUUAAAACAGGAACAACAAAAUAAAGAAAAGGAACUCAUAGAAAAGAUUCAGAAAGCUACAGUCUGCACCAAUAUUUCUCCUUUGGGCCGUGACCGCUUAUAUCGACGCUAUUGGCUUUUUUCAUCUAUUCCAGGACUAUUUGUGGAAGAAGACUAUUCUGGUCUUACAGAAGACAUGCUGUUGCCUCGGCCAUCUUCAUUUCAUAAUAAUGUACAGGCUCAUAUUUCAGAAAAAUCUCAGAUAGUCGUUAAAACUGGAGAGUCUUUGACAACAGAAUCUACCUCCAAUACGUGCCAAGAUUUGGAUACUAGUGCUAUUGUAAAUGUAUCACAACCAAUACAAAAGCCAAAUAGGUGGUGCUUUUACAGUUCUCAGGAACAGUUUGACCAACUCCUAGAAGCUCUCAAUUCCCGAGGAUAUAGGGAAAGUGCCUUGAAGGAAGUUCUUUUACAGGAAAAAUCCAGAAUAUGUGAACAGUUUAGUAGUUUUCCUAUUGAAAAAUUCUAUACUUCAGAAAAAACACAGAAUGAAGCCAAGCCACAGUUUGGACGUGGAAAAAUACAAAAUGGCUAUGAUAUAGUCCAAAAAUCUGCAGAAAAGCAACUUGAAUUAAGGCUUAGAGACUUUCUCUUAGACAUUGAAGAUAGAAUUUUCCAAGGAACAUUGGGCUCCAUUAAGGUAAUGGACAGAUACAGUUGGAAAGCAGCCUUAGAAAAUGGGCAGUAUGAACUACUAAGUGAAGAAAAUAAAGAAAAUGGUGUAAUAAAAUCUGUUAAUGAAAAUGUGGAAGAGAUGGUAAUAGAUAAUCAAAUAAGAAUUCUUGCGAAAGACAGAUUGAUAGGAUUAAAACUUGAAUCUCGAAGUACUACUUCAACUAAUACGAGUACUCCACAGCCUAUGAAUAAUACUGUACAUUAUUUGGCAUUGGCAUUGCUUCAGAUACAGCAAGGAAUUGAACGCAAAUUUCUCAAAGCCCCACUUGAUGGCAGUGAUGGUGGCCGUUCACACAAAACCAUCUUGGAUCGCUGGCGAGAAUCACUUCUUUCUUCUGCUAGCCUCUCUCAGAUCUUCCUUCAUCUCUCAACACUGGAGCGAAGCGUAAUCUGGUCUAAGUCUAUUUUAAAUACUCGGUGCAAAAUGUGUAGAAAGAAAGGGGAUGCUGAAAGCAUGGUGCUUUGUGAUGGCUGUGAUCGAGGCUAUCAUAUCUACUGUAUAAGACCAAAGCUUAAGGCUGUUCCUGACGGAGACUGGUUUUGUCCGGAAUGUCGACCUAAGCAGCGCUCUAGGCGGCUUUCAUCCAGACAGAGAACUUCUGUGGAAAGUGAUGAAGAGGCUAUAGAACAAAUUAAAGAAGAAGAUGAAACUAGUUAUGAGGAAAUUGAGCAAAGUGAAGAUGAUUAUGAAGAGGAAGAAGAGGAUGAGAAUAUUGACAAUUCUGAUUCUCAAGAAGAUGAGAAAAGCUUAUCCAAAUUGGGGAAGCCUCAAGUAAAACUUACUUUAAGAACAAGAGCCCCAAAGCUUGCUAGUAAUCAACUGAAUACUGGAAGAUACAACUCUCGCAGUCAGCAGAAUACACCUAAGCAAAAUGGCUCUUCAUAUAAAGCUCUUGGAAAGAACAUUAGAAAAACAAAAUCUGCUCCUCCAUCAGUGACAAAAACAUUACGACUUAGUAGUCGUAUUACUCGCCAUAAUCAAGAAAUGCUGAAGGCAGAGGCAUUUAUAGAGUUGACCAGCCAUCGAAGACAACGUAGAGGAACAAAGACAACAGACUCUACUCCAGAGAGUAGUUCUUCUGGUUCCCUUGGCUUCAGAAUUAUUGAUGAGAUGAAUUUAAGGAAAGAGAAAAGCUCUCCAAUAUCAGUGGGGAAAAAAUCACAAGAUACAGAUCCCCCCAAAAGGGGUAGGAAACGUCAGUCUACAGAACCUUCUCAAGUGCCACUGAAUCGGAGGACCUCAGGGCGUCAGGGUGGAGUACAUGAAUUAUCUGCUUUUGAGCAGCUUGUUGUAGAACUGGUGCGACAUGAUGACAGUUGGCCUUUUAUGAAAUUGGUUUCCAAAAUACAGGUACCAGACUACUACGAUAUAAUCAAAAAGCCCAUCGCUUUAAACAUAAUCCGUGAAAAAGUGAACAAAUGUGAAUACAAAGUAGCCUCGGAAUUCAUUGAGGAUGUUGAGCUGAUGUUUUCAAACUGCUUUGAAUAUAAUGCUCGUAAUACAAGCGAAGCAAAAGCUGGAACAAGACUUCAGGCAUUUUUUCAUGUUCAGGCUCAAAAACUUGGACUUUCAAUUGUAUCAGGUUACAUGAACCAUGUUNUUGAGGGCGCGGCGGAAA